GAUCACGGAAAGAGCCGAAGAUGUCAGCUCGGUCAUGUGAUCAGCUGUGUCCAAUCACAGCUGAUCACAUCUGUCACGCUGACAGAGGAGAGGAGAGCCAGAAAUCGGCUUUCCGCGGAGGGGACAUGUACACUGAUCAUCAGGGCACUGAUGAUCAGUGUGCCCUGAUGAUCAAUGUAGCCCCAGCAUUGCCACCUGUCAGUGUCCAUCAGUGCCUUAUGUCAAUGCUCAUCAGUGCCUCGUGCCAGUGCCACAUCAGUGCCACAUAUCAGUGCCUACCAGUGCACAUCAAUGCCACAUAUCAGUGCCCAUCUGAGCUGCCUUUCAGUGUCACCCAUCAGUGCCAGUCAGUGCCACCUAUCAAUGCCAAUCAGUGCCAGUCAGUGCCACCUAUCAGUGCCAGUCAGUGCCGCCUAUCAGUGCCAGUCAGU